AUGUCAAUGAUUGAUCCUGCUGUAGUGUCAGCCUUUCUCAAGGAAAGUUUGGCAACCGAUCGUCAGGGUGGCCGCUUGCUGAAGAAGAUUGGGAGCAAUGGCCAUUGUGGCACCCAGGGGACUGCUGAGAGGAUCCGACGAGUGUAUGCAAUGCCUGCCGAUUUGCCACCAGCUUGCCGCACAGCUGAGUCAACAACUGGCAGCAGGCCAGACCGGCAAAUCCCGAUGAUUUCGCCAGCCUCCACAGCCCGCAGUGGCAUGGGCAGGCAAGCCCAACUGGGGAAAUCCAACAGCAUGCCCACCCUGAAGUACCAGCCUUUUGAUCCGGCCCGAACUGGAUUGAACAUCAAGCACAACCGCCACUUUGAUGUGCCAUUUCCACAGCUUCUUUUUCAGCAUAGGGUGUUUGAGCGGGACUGA